UGUAGGCGGCCAGUUCUGUCUAUUGUGUUUAUCUUGAGCACUCCACAGUUGUUUCGUGAAUGGAUACGGCGUUAUCUUUGAAUAUUCUCACCUUGCCUUCCGACAUGGACUGGAAGACAUCUUAAAUAUUAGUCCGCUGUGCACAAAUGCAAAAAUGAACAAAGGCUGGCUGGAGCUGGAGAGUGAUCCAGGACUGUUCACUCUGCUGGUGGAAGAUUUUGGUGUCAAAGGGGUCCAAGUGGAGGAAAUCUAUGACCUUCAAAGCAAGUGCCAGAGUCCUGUCUAUGGCUUCAUCUUCCUGUUCAAGUGGAUCGAGGAACGUCGGUCCAGGAGGAAAGUUAACACUUUGGUGGAUGAGACAUCAGUCAUUGAUGAGGAAAUUGUAAAUGAUAUGUUUUUUGCUCAUCAGCUGAUACCAAAUUCAUGUGCCACCCACGCUUUGCUGAGUGUCCUUCUAAACUGCAGCGGAGUCGAGCUUGGCACCACCCUUAGUCGUAUGAAGGCUUUUACAAAAGGCUUUAGUCCAGAGAGCAAAGGUUAUGCAAUAGGAAAUGCCCCAGAGCUUGCUAGAGCUCAUAACAGCCAUGCCAGACCGGAGCCCAGGCAUUUGCCAGAGAAACAGAACGGCAUCAGUGCAGUGCGGACCAUGGAAGCCUUCCACUUUGUUAGCUAUGUGCCCAUCAAAGACCGUCUCUUUGAGCUUGAUGGACUCAAGGCUUACCCCAUUGACCAUGGGCCCUGGGGUGAGGAGGAGGAAUGGACUGAUAAGGCUCGGCGGGUUAUUAUGGAGCGGAUUGGACUGGCCACUGCCGGUGAACCGUACCAUGACAUCCGCUUCAACCUGAUGGCAGUGGUGCCUGACCGCAGGAUGAAGUACGAGUCCAAACUGGAAAUUCUAAAGAGGAAUCGACAGACCGUUCUUGAGGGUCUACAGAAGAUGAUCCGACUCACUCAGACUGAACUUGUCCAUGACAAAAAGCAGCAGGACUCUUCUUCUCCUGAUGAUAGUUCCACUGCCAUCAAGAAAGAAGCCGAUGCGGAGCCAGUUACAUCCCAAGGGGCUGAUCAGGCUUCUUCAGACGAGUCAGGAGUUCAGUCCAAAAACACCCCUAGCCCUUCAGGAAACUCUAAGGUUAUGGGAAAACCACCAGUCCCCACUGGAGGAGGACUUCAGCAGGUCACCAAUCCCAACCCCAUUGUUCAACGCCUGCCUGCCUUCCUGGACAACCACAACUAUGCUAAGUCUCCAAUGCAGGAGGAGGAAGACCUUGCAGCUGGUGUUGGUCGCUCUCGGAUGCCAGGUCCCCCACAGCCUCCAUACUCAGACGAUGAGGAUGACUAUGAUGAUGAUGAAGAAGAAGUGACUGCAUCUGCAGGCACAUCCAGCAGGGUUAGACGAAAGGCAAGUCUGCGCUCACGAACAGGGCGGGUUGCCACCGGAAUGGAGAGCCAGAUCGCCCUCAGUGUUCUGGCUGAGAAACUGAAGAAGGAAGUCCAAAGGAAAGAUGCCCUGAAUACACCACUGUCUGUACGCACCGAGGGUCGCACUGGGGGCAUUUGUAUCACAUCUGCUUCACAGCCUUCCCCCACGCCCAGCAACGAAAGCACCGACACAGCCUCUGAGAUUGGCAGCGCCUUCAACUCCCCGCUGCGCUCACCGGCACGGUCCCAGGCUGCUACACGCCCGUCCAGUCCAGUUGCUUCCCAUCUGUCUCGCGUGCUGUUCGGAGAGGAUGAGAUGCUGAGGCUAGACUCCAGACAUAACCGAGCUGUGAGAGAACUCGGUCCCUCUGUCAGUGUAGCCUUGCUACACCUACAGGAGGACGGAGUCAUCUAUGCUCUCCCUCCAUCUGCAGAUUUGGCUGCUGAUGGAACAAAGCGGCCCGGCACUCCUGAGAAGGCAAAAGACAAAGAGCAAGCAGAUGAAAAGGAAGGCGUGAACGAGGGAGAUGAAGGAACAUCUGUAGAGGUGAAGAAAGAAGAGGAGAACAAAGAUGAAACAGAAGUGAAACCUAGCAAGGAAAAGCUCAGUGCUGUUGACACUGCUGCAGACAGCAAGCCUCCCGGGGAUAAGUACUCACCUAAAGAGCUGCUUGCACUGCUCAAGUGUGUGGAGGCCGACAUUGCCAAUUACGAGGUGUAUCUGAAGGAGGAAGUAGAAAAGAGAAAGAAAUAUAAAAUUGAUGAUCAGAGGAGGACCCACAAUUAUGACGAGUUUAUCUGCACCUUUAUAUCCAUGCUGGCCCAAGAAGGCAUGUUGGCCAGCCUCGUCGAGCAAAACAUUUCCGUGCGUCGGCGGCAGGGAGUGAGUAUCGGCCGCUUGCACAAACAGAGGAAACCUGAUCGAAGGAAACGCUCCAGACCUUACAAAGCCAAACGCCAGUAAAUACAAACAAUCACAACUUCUGUAAGCAACCUGUGAGCACCAAGCAAUCACCACAGACAGAAGAAGAAACUGCUGCACUCCUGAAACUCUCCUUGAGGCAGUUUAGUGUGUUUUUUUUUUUUUUUUUUUUGCCAGAGCCUCUUCUGCUUCAUGAAAUCGACCAUGUGUUUGGUCAGCCCUUUUAUCAUUUUUGUAUAUAUGUAAUACCAUUUUAGACUCAGUGUAAAUUUUCCUCUUGUGCCAUUGCUAUCUCCAGUUUGUAAAUAUGAAAAAAAGGCAUGUUCACAAUGAUGCACCUGAAUGUUUUUUAUUGAAAGGAAUUCUCUACAGUUUUGUGGUCAGUAUAAUAGUUACUUGGUGGAGGGUUUAAGGAUUUCUUCAAAACUUCUCUGUAUGUCCUGAAAUAUACACUUUGGCAACCACAAGUCAAUAUCUCUUCAGCUACAUCCCUCUUUCAUGUUUUCACAGUGCCAAUCAAGUAUUGAAUGUUCUGACAAAAAAGGUAGUGUGACUCAUCCACUGCAUUUCACUUUCAGCAUACAGUGUAAAUAAUUCACUAUAUAACAUUAAAAUUGUCUUUUAAUCACCUUAUAUAUGGACAGUUUUAAUCUUAAUGAUGCAUCAGGGUUUUUCUUUUCAUUGGAAUGUCUUUUCAACUAAGGGUCUCUAGCUGUGUUUGUAUGUCUCUUGAGGUCCUGUGAAUGAAAAACAAACUCCUCUGUUAUUUUUGUACCUGAAAUGGAUCUCGCAGUGAGUGAAUAUUAAGUUGGAUGUGUGCAACUGUGUGUUUUGUACAUACGUAUCUGUUAACUGGCUCGCCUGUACACUGAAUACAGUUGUUCCUUGUGCUUGCCGUUUCAUACUACAAUAAAGUCAAUGAAAAUAUC